GUAAUUUGUUGGCAGCGCAGAAAUCCAAAUUGCUAUCCGGAGGGUUUUUAGCACUAACCAAGAAGCAUGCUCCGGGAUAUAAUAUUUAAGGGUAAAGAAUUGGCUGACAAAGUGUAGGUUCUGUUUAUUCACAACUACCUUCGAAGAACUAAUAUCAUGAUGAACUAUACCGAGGCGGAACUGAAGGUUCGAGAAGCAACUAAUGAUGAAAUGUGUUGUCCACAUGGUCGCCUCUUACAAAAGCUGGCAGAUUAUACAUAUACCUAUGAAACCUAUCUGGAAGUCAUGUCUACCCUCUGGAAAAGAAUGCAUCCUGAUGAUAGAUGCAGUUGGAGGCGAGUUUAUAAGUCUUUAGUUGUCCUUAGCUUCCUUUUGAAGAAUGGUUCUGAUUAUGUGUUACAAGGUGCUCGAGAUCAUAUAUACGACAUUCGUACGCUUGAAUCUUUCCGAUAUUUCGAUGAUAAUGGAAAAGAUCAAGGAAUGAAUGUCCGCAUCAAAGUUCAAGAAAUAAUCGACCUCAUACAAGACCCAGAAAAGCUACAACAAGAACGUCAAAAGGCCAAGGCUAGUCGUCACAUAUACACAGGUUAUGGAAAUACUAAUGAUUCAGAUUGGAGUUAUUCUUCGUACAGAAAUAGUGCGAAUCACGGUCAAAGAUCUGAUUCACUUGAUGAAUAUGAUAAAGAAACUCACAUAUCCAAAAACUUUACAUUCCAAUCUCGUGACAAACCUAGAGUGACAAUAUCCAAACAUGAAAUAGAUCUGCCCCCGCCUAGGUUGGGUAGUUUUGAUGAUUGGCAUGUGGGUAAAGAACGUGGUGUAAUGGACGAUGUUUUAGAACAAUUCAAAGAAGCAUGGGAUUUGGCCAAAGAAUCUACUAAGGAUUUGAUUUUCUCCAAAAAACCUGAAGAUAGUAGAUCAAAUGAGUCCAAUCCACGUAUGGUUUCUGAAGAGGUGUACGAAUUCCCAUCAAAUGCUGUUGAGUCGGGUGGAACAUAUGAAGCAAAACUGCAGUCAUCUUAUGAAGAUUAUUCUGCACAAAAUAAAUUUCAAUCGACAAAUUCUUCAAAGUCGAUCAAAUGUAGUAGUAUUGAUACGCAUGUUAAUAAUAGUGCUAAUAAUAAUGGCGACGGGAUGCAUGCAACACAGUCUAAUGGAAAAUCUGUGGGUCAAGUUAUUGUGAAAACUAGAAAUCAAAGUACUGACAAGAAAGACAAUAAAAAACCAAGACCUCCAUCUUGUGAUUUAUUCGAUUCAUUCACUGACAAUAGUGUAAAUAAAUCAGAUCAAAUGAUAGAUUUCGAUACAAUAUGCAGUUUAUCACCACCAACUACAACCAGUGUACACUCUCACCAGCAGCAGCCAGUUCAAAUGGGCUUUGAAAUUAAUUGGCCAGAAAAUAUGUUUUCAACACCGGGAGUAUCUUUAAAUACAAAUUCGUUUCAAAAUCAUACCACUAUGCCGCGUCAAGAUCAUGACCAUUUAUUAGAUAAUGAGUUUGGUGAUUUCACUUCAGCAUCAUCUUUGCAGUCUCCUAUGUUUCCUGUGACUACUGGUUCAACAAUUUCUUCCUCAUCAUUUGACGAUAUUUUCUUACCUAAUUCUUCAAGUGCUCAACCAUAUCCAUCAAAUCAAAAUUCACAUCAAAUCAAGCAAACUGAAGAAUUUAAACAACAACAAAUGGUUCAAUCCAAUCCAACUUCACCAUCUAAAUCUAAGCCGCUAAACAUUGGUAAUACAUGGAAAGAAUUAGCAUCACUGAGCAUUGAUUUAGAUUCAUUAGCGAAACCGGAAAAAUACAAUACGCGAACACAAGCACCAAGUCUUCACCAAUUAAAACAAAAUCAACGUGUUCAAUAAUGAAUGGCUAGGAUGUGAACGGUUUUUGUUUUUGUUUGUUUGAAAAGGAGGAUAGUAAAUGUUAACGAUUGAUAGGGAAUCAUUUAACCAAAUUUUACAAGUGAGAUUAUUUUUUAUUCCAUUACUUACGAUCACCAAUGGUAUCGACGAAGACGAUAAAAGUGAUAUUUUAUCAAUGUAUUUCAGCUCAAUAACUUACUCUUUUCUUUUCUUUUCUUUUUUUUAUUGGUUUUUAUUCUACCAACUUACGUUGUUUUUACUAAUUAACUUUUCUGAAAGUGAAAUGGAGAUUAGUUCAUUUACUUACGUUAUUUAUUUAUAUGAUUUCAUAAUUUGUGUUUACUUUUGUGUACGCACAUGUAUGUUUAUGUGUAUGCAUAGGUGAUGAUCUUGCAUGCACUUGUAUGCAAUAUUUGGGUUUUUAUUUUGUGUAUAAGAUUUUGUUUUUCUUUUCUUAAAGGAAAACAAACUAUAUUUGUCUUUCAGAUAGUAUUUUAUUGUUAGAACUUACUACAUUUGAAAAUUCUGGUAUCAUUCAAAAUGAUUAAUUAUUUGAAAAAAACACCUACAUUUUACACCUUUUUAUUUUUAUUGUCAUUUUUAAUCCAAGCUUCUGUGAUCAUGUAACAAUGAAUUCACAAUGUUCAUCAUAUACCAGUUCUUUUCCAAGUGUUGCAUAUACAUGCAUAUAUUAAUGAAUAUAUUUAUAAGAAGAUGGCUAGAAAAAAAGCAGUCUAAUCAUGGAGUAACCAAUAUUUGAAUAGGACAAUGUGCCUUACUUAAUUGACUUGUUCUCUUGACUUAUCUUUGUAUUAUUUUCAAUAUAUCCGAACUUAUGCUUAUAUUCAAUUAUGAUUUGGUUGAUAUACAUCUAUCAAUACACAUUGUUCUUUUAUAGAAACAGGCAUUGUCUGUGUUAUGCUGCGAUUGCUUUUGUUUAUAUCCAUUCGCAUUCAACCACAUACAUGCACACACAAUAAUGGGCUAUCGAAAUGUUUCUUGUUUUUAUUAUUUUAGUUUGUUUUAACUGACCAUUUUGUAAAAGUAAAUAGAAUAAUAAUAGUUAUCACUUAGAAGUCACUAUGUUUUAUCUCAUUUAGAAAUUUGAAUUGGUGUAAUCGAUUGACCGAAGUUUUCCGCUUGUAAAUUCUGAAAAGGCCUCCAUUUAAACCUAACGACUAAGCAGAUUCGUAAGUUAGUGACACGAUUUGUCAUUUCUACCAACUUUGUAAACCAUAAGGGAUGAUGUCAAUCGUUCUGUUACGCUUGUGUUUCUGCCAUUUCAAUUGUUGUGUUAUGUAUAUAACGCUUUUGAUGUUGACGCUGUUUUUACCAACUAAAAAGCAAUUGUCAUAAAGAAAACCAUAUGAAGUGGAAAUAAUUGAAAAAUUAUAUUGUACCUCAUCCGCCCGUUAAGUAAAAAUAAAUGAUCGGAUAAAAAGUUUCUUGUUUAUACAAUAAUGCAGUUGAAUUAUUUUAGCGGACUCAGCUUAGGUCG